AUGGACAACCUGCAGGAGACCUUCCUCAGCCUGGAGGAUGGCCUGGAUUCCUCCAGCAGCCCUGGCCUGCUGUCCUGCUGGGACUGGAAAAGCAGGACAAGGCCCUUCGAGCUGAGCCAGGCCUCCCCAGCCCAGAGCCUUUCUCCAGUUCCAUCACUGGAGUCUUAUUCUGCUUCCCCCUGUCCAGUUGGGGCUGGGCUGCCCUGUAAACACGAUGGGACCAGCAGUGGGGGCAGUGAUGGCUGCAGCAGCCAUGGGGCCGGUGGCUUAGAAGUGGACUACAAUAUGCUGGCCUUCCAGCCUGCCUACUUGCAGGGUACGGAUGGCCCCAAGGCUCAAAAAGGCACCAAAGUCAAGAUGUCUGUCCAGCGGAGACGGAAGGCCAGCGAGAGAGAGAAGCUCAGGAUGCGGACCUUGGCAGAUGCCUUGCACACUCUCCGGAACUACCUGCCACCUGUCUACAGCCAGAGAGGCCAGCCACUCACCAAGAUCCAGACGCUCAAGUACACCAUCAAGUACAUUGGGGAACUGACAGAACUCCUCAACAGUAGUAGAGACUCCAGACCCCAGAGUAUGUGA